AUGUCUACUUUCGAUCCCGCAGCGAGAAAGCGAGUCCUCCGGGUCAUUGCUGUCUCGCUACUCCUCGAUCUGAUUUCCUUCACCUUCAUCCUUCCCUUGUUCCCCAAGCUUCUCGAGUUCUACCGCGACCGUGAAGGCCAGGAGCCAAUCGGCCACGACGGACCUCAAACUCUCCUCCAGACCGUCCUAUCAGGCCUCCACCGAUACAAGGCUUCUUUCUCCCGUCCUAUCGAGUCGCGACAUGACAUCGUGCUGCUGGGCGGGGCUCUAGGCUCUCUGUUCUCACUUCUGCAAGCCAUUGCAUCUCCUCUUAUCGGCGCCCUCUCCGAUCGAUAUGGCCGUCGCAAAGCUCUGCUGGCUUCCAUGUGUGGCAACAUUCUCUCUGUCUUGCUCUGGGUCGCUGCUGUCGAUUUCCGUACAUUCAUCGCAAGUCGUGUCGUUGGUGGGCUAUCAGAAGGCAAUGUCCAGCUCGCUACGGCGAUGGCAAGUGAUAUCUCGGACGAGUCGUCUCGCGGUGCAACUAUGGCUUUGAUCGGCGCGUGUUUCUCAAUCGCUUUCACCUUCGGUCCUGGUCUUGGCGCGUGGCUCAGCACAUUCUCGACAUUUACGGCGAACCCCUUUGCCGCAGCUGCGGGAUUCAGUCUUGCGCUGAUUGUUGUGGAAACAGUGUAUCUAUACUUCAGCCUGCCUGAGACGUUACCAUCGCUACGUGGUGCUCAGGCUAAGGACGACGGGAAGAAGAAGGCCACGCCCAAGGCUAUUGAGAGGACCAACUCUCACUUUCUCUUGAACGCCAUCCACUUCGUCUUUCUGCUUUUCUUUUCCGGCAUGGAGAGUUCUCUGUCUUUUAUGACAUACGAGCUCUUCUCGUUCACUUCCGGCAAGAAUGGAAGAUUACUUGGCUAUGUUGGUCUUGUGGCUUCUAUUCUCCAGGGUGGUGUCACACGACGACUCCCACCUUUGAUGUCUGUUCGAAUCGGCACCCUCGCUUGCCUUGCGUCCUUCAUUCUUCUGGGACAGGUCAACACAAUUGGUGGUCUGUACCUUGCUGCUACGUGCCUGGCCAUUACAUCAGCUACUGUCGUUACGGGUCUGAAUGCACUUUCCAGCUUCGAGGCUCACGAGGACGAGCGCGGCAACAAGCUCGGCAUGCUACGAAGCUGGGGUCAGCUCGGUCGAGGUCUCGGCCCUAUCCUGUUCACAAGUGUGUACUGGUGGGCUGGCCGUGAGGUGGCAUAUGGUAUGGGCGCAACAGGUAUUGCUGUUGUCGCUGCGGCGGUGUUUGGUGGAUUGAAGACACCCAAGGGUGUGGACACUAAGGGCAAGAAGGUUGAGGGUAAGAGUCUCCCAAGACAGGAAGACCAAGGGGGUGUUCGAACCGCAUUGCGUGCAGAGUAA